CUGGAGAGGAUGGGACCAGGGCGGAGCCUUGUAUGAUGAGGUUUGGAUUUGUGACCAAUAAUACGACUCCUUUCCCUUGUACGUAAUUACAAUGCAGGUCUGUAAAUAGAGAGGCGGCGAGGCGGCCCUUUUUCAUUCUCUCGAAGUUUCCUCGAGAAGCAGCAUUAUGCCCACUGAUCCAGCAAAGACCGCGCCCAAGAAGGGCUCCAAGAAGGCUGUCACGAAGACGGCCGGCAAAGGAGGCAAGAAGCGCAGAAAGUCAAGGAAGGAGAGCUACGCUAUCUACGUGUACAAGGUUCUGAAGCAGGUGCACCCUGAUACCGGCAUCUCUUCUAAAGCUAUGGGCAUCAUGAAUUCCUUCGUAAACGACAUUUUCGAGCGCAUCGCCGGUGAGUCUUCUCGUCUCGCUCACUACAACAAGCGAUCCACCAUCACUUCCAGGGAAAUCCAGACCGCCGUACGCCUGUUGCUUCCCGGUGAACUUGCAAAGCAUGCCGUGUCCGAGGGCACAAAGGCCGUCACCAAGUACACCAGCUCAAAGUAAAGCGUGUUAUCGCCGUCUUUAAGAUAAAAACCAACGGCUCUUUUAAGAGCCACC